AUGGACGACGAUGCUGGCGGUUUCGAUGAUGACUUCGACGAAGAUCAGGCGUCUGAUCUCGGGGAUGGCGACGGAGAUUUUCAAGACGUUGACGAAGGCGAUGAGGAUGCGGCGGAUGACUUCGACAUGGAUGCUCGCGUAGGCCACUUGUCGCGCGCCGACAUCGCAGACCUCUCUCCGCAGGAACAGCUGCAGAAAUGGCAUGAGAUGCUCCUCUCUGCCGAGGUCGAUUUGAUCUCUGAACUCGAUGCUUCCAGCAUCUUUUUCAUCAGCGCAGAGUCCAUCAUCUGUGACAUGCGCCUUUCCGCAGAGGUCAAUGAGGAUGGCCAGUUCCUGCGGAUGACCUUCAUGGUCGAGCAGUUGUUAUCCAGUAUAAAAUCCUGCGGCGGUGUUUACAGGAUCAUCUUCUUUGAUGCUUUCAAGCACGUCUUCAGCAUGCAGUUCGAAGACUCGCUGUGGGCAUUCAGGGAGGCUUUCUUGAGCCACUGUCGGAGUCACGGUAUUGACCACGAAGUAUUCUCACACUGGUAUUCACCAGAAUGGAAGGAGCACGUGUCCACAUGGAGGCCGUCCCUUUUCCUUCUAGCAGACGAUGGCCUCGCAGUCGAGGAGGACGAGGAGGAGGACGAGGAGGAAGCGGAGCAGAAUGCGAAGCUGAGAGGCUCCUUUCAGGCUCUCAUGCUCAGGUGCCUGUCCUACAAAGUCCAUGUCGCUUUGCUGAAGGGGCUGCAGCGACGGGGUAAUCGUGUCAUGGCGUUUACGCUGGAGCCCGACAACUACGACUCUUUCAUUGACAGAAACGUUCAGGGUGCUCUCCAGCCACUCCUCGAAGAGGACGCGGAUGAGGACGAGGAUGAAGAGGAGUCGUCGGUGCCGGCGCUUGUGGCUUUCAAGAAGCGUGGUGCUGGAAAG